CUACAAAAAAGAGGAGAGUCGACAGACAGGUGGCGACAUCCGUGCACUUGUAGCAGAUCGGCCGGCGGAGGCCAGCAGGCGCGGCGCGAUGGAGGUGGCGUCGCUGUACCGGCGGGUGCUGCCGUCGCCGCCGGCGGUGGAGUUCGCGUCGGCGGAGGGGAAGCGGCUGUUCGCGGAGGCGCUGCAGGGCGGGACCAUGGAGGGCUUCUUCAACCUCAUCUCCUACUUCCAGACGCAGUCGGAGCCGGCCUUCUGCGGCCUCGCCUCCCUCUCCGUCGUGCUCAACGCGCUCGCCAUCGACCCGGGCCGGCCGUGGAAGGGGCCCUGGCGCUGGUUCGACGAGUCCAUGCUCGACUGCUGCGAGCCCCUCCACAAGGUCAAGGCCGAGGGCAUCACCUUCGGCAAGGUCGUCUGCCUCGCCCACUGCGCCGGCGCCAGGGUCCAGUCCUUCCGCGCCGACCAGACCACCAUCCACGACUUCCGCGCCCACCUCGCGCGCUGCGCCUCCUCCCAGGACUGCCAUCUCAUCUCAUCCUACCACAGGAGCCCCUUCAAGCAGACUGGGACUGGCCAUUUCUCGCCCAUCGGCGGCUACCACGCCGAGAAAGACAUGGCGCUCAUCUUGGAUGUGGCGCGCUUCAAAUACCCUCCUCAUUGGGUUCCAUUGACGCUUCUCUGGGAUGCCAUGAACACGACCGAUGAAGCAACUGGGCUUCUCAGGGGGUUCAUGCUUGUAUCAAGACGCAGUUCAGCUCCUUCAUUGCUCUACACAGUGAGUUGCGGCGAUGGAAGUUGGAAAAGCAUGGCAAAGUAUUGUGUGGAAGAUGUACCCAAUCUACUGAAGGAUGAGGGUCUAGACAAUGUUACAACACUUCUGUCCCGCCUAGUGGAAUCUCUCCCAGCCAAUGCUGGAGAUUUGAUCAAAUGUGUCAUUGAAGUUAGGAGAAAAGAGGAAGGUGGAUCAAGCUUGAGCAACGAGGAGAAAGAAAGGCUUGCUUUGAAGGAAAAAGUAUUACAGCAAAUCCGUGAUACUGAUCUUUUCAGAAUAGUUCACGAACUGCAAUAUCCCAAGGGGCUAUGUGAUAGUUGCUCGUUUUCAAGAGAUGAAGACUCGCUUGCCCAGAUUGCAGCCACUGUAUGCUGUCAAGGAGCUGCAUUCCUAUCUGGCAACCUUGUAUCUAGAGAUGGGUUCUGCUGCCGAGAAACAUGUAUCAAAUGUAUACAAGCAAAUGGUGAUGGACUAAAGACUGUUAUCUCAGGCACCGUGGUAUCUAAAGGGAAUGAACAGGGUGUUGAUUUGCUAUUACCAACUUCUUCAUCGGAAACAAGCUUAUGCAAUUCAAACUUGAGGAGCAAGAUUGUCAAGUAUCCAUCAAGCACAGAUGUUCUAACUGUCCUAUUGCUGGUUUUACAGCCUAACACAUGGCUUGGCAUAAAAGACGAGAAAGUGAAAGCUGAAUUCCAGAGUCUUGUUUCAACAGACAACCUUCCUGAUCUUCUUAAACAGGAGAUACUGCAUCUGAGGCGGCAGCUCCAUUAUUUGGCGGGCUGUAAAGGACAGGAGUCAUGUCAAGAGCCUCCAUCUCCUUAGUGAUGGUGCCGCGACAAUCUGCUGACAUGAUUAGGAGAGGAGGCCCUUGGAGAUCCCGCGAGCAUACUAUUGAGGCAAAAUUAUAUGAUUCAAUAAACAGACUUACUUCGUGAGGUAGCAGGACAUGCUAAGGAUCAAGUAAUAUGAUUUUGAGAGAGUAUUGGAGCCAAGAUAGCUGGUAACAUCCUGGUUUUGGUGCACUAUAUAUGUAAAUUCUUUUGUGUUUAUAUAAUUUUCUUGGACUGUGUAUCCAUUUGGUUCCAUUAACCAUGGACACCGAGAUUUCACUGAACUAGUAAAACACCUGUCAGCCGACCUGCUUUUGUGCGAAACUGAUCGAUUCGCAAGAAGAAAAUUUGUACAAAUAAUAAAAUAGAUUGAAAUGAAACUUAAA